GACCUGCAGACCAGAGGGAUGAACUGGAGUCAGAGCUGGCAGGUUUUGUGGAAAUAAAGUUUCUCCGUGACCCUCUGUGGAUAUAAGGAGGUCUGCGGAGGAGCCCGUAUUGUUUUCAGGUGGAUCUACAUGAUGGAAUGGAGCGAGUGUUGAGUUUGAGCAGCUGUGAGACGGAGGAGUUGAACAUGGAGCAGCAUUAGUCCGGAGAUAGCCCCAGGCAGCAGAGCCACAACCAGGAGGAGGAGAGUCCCACGGCAGAGUGAAGGAAGUGUUCCACAGUCCGACUGGAUAGAACAGCACAGGGAAAACUGUGGAGGGAGGGAGGGGGAAACCGGCAAAGGAGAAGAGAAACAGAGGCAGCAGGUUAGAACUAGAACAGGUAACUCUAGUGCAGGGAAGCGGAGACGGUCACUGGAUGUAAAUUCGGGCUGUGUGAGCUGCACUAACGUCCAUGAGCAAAGUUCUGUCCAACAUCCCAUUCUGAAAGAAGCCAAAGGUGGAUUUGAACUGAAACCUAAAAGUCACAUCUGGAGGAAGACGAAGAUCACCUGAUUCCAGCAAACAUGGAUGGAAGACCCACCUGUGACCAGUGUGGGAAGACUUUCACCAGACUGAGUGGGCUGAAGAAACACCAACGCAUCCACACUGGAGAAAGACCAUAUGACUGUGACCAGUGUGGGAAGACUUUCACCACAAUGAGUGGGCUGAAGAUACACCUAGGCAUGCACACUGGAGAAAAACCAUAUGACUGUGACCAGUGUGGGAAGACUUUCACCAGAAUGAGUGGGCUGAGGAAACACCAACGUAUCCACACUGGAGAAAAACCAUAUGACUGUGACCAGUGUGGGAAGACUUUUACCACAAUGAGUGGGCUGAAGAUACACCUACGCAUGCACACAGGAGAAAAACCAUAUGACUGUGAGCAGUGUGGGAAGACUUUUAUCACAGCAAGUACGUUAAAAAGGCACCAACGCAUUCACACUGGAGAAAGACCAUAUGACUGUGACCAGUGUGGGAAGACCUUUACCAGAAUGAAUGUGCUGAGGGAACACCUACGCAUUCACACUGGAGAAAGACCGUAUGACUGUGACCAGUGUGAAAAGACUUUCAUCACAAUGAAUGGGCUGAAGGAACAUCUACACUUCCACACUGGAGAAAGAUCAUAUGACUGUGACCAGUGUGGGAAGACUUUUACUUCAGCAAGUUACUUAAAAAUUCACCAACGCUUCCACAGUGGAGAAAGACCAUAUGACUGUGACCAGUGUGGGAAGGCUUUUAUCACAGGAAGUAUGUUAAAAAGGCAUCAACGCAGCCACACUGGAGAAAGACCAUAUUACUGUGACCAGUGUGGGAAGACUUUCACCAGAAUGAGUGUGGUGAAGGAGCACCUACACAUCCACAAAGGAGAAAGACCAUAUGACUGUAACCAGUGUGGGAAGACUUUUGCCACAGCAACUUACUUAAAAAGGCACCAACGCAUCCACACUGGAGAAAGUCCAUAUUAUUGUGACCAGUGUGGGAAGACUUUCAAGUCCUUUUCUGCUUUACAUUAUCACCAGAGGAAGUUGAUAUACCCCUGUGAUAGGUGCACAAAGAUAUGCUGGUCAUCUUCCUCUUACAAGUAUCACCAACAGACCCAUAUUGCAGAGAAUCCCAGCAGUUCAGAUUCUGUGACAGAUCUUUUAUCACAGGUUCACAAUGCACCAAACAUGAACGUGUCAAACAUCUGCACGAAAGACAAAAAUUGAACAGCUGUACAAAAAGCAAGACUCUAGUCAAUCAGUUUCCAAACAAAAAGUGACCGAAACAGUUGGAGUCAAUGUCCAAACAGAUUGUGGUCAUCCCCUGCUCUCUCCCAUCAUCAGCGCAGAUAUGAAUCAUCAACGUCUGGACCAAACAGUACCUCAGCAUCAGAUGAGAAGAA